GAGACAGCAGGUGAGGAAACAAUGAGAAAAGUUGAACAUACAGUAAGACAGACUGGCAGAAGUGGUAGUAAUUGAGUUGGAAAGCAUUUGAAGACAAUCUGGAUCCUUGUGAGAUGGUUGUUACAGUGUUAAUUGUAUGCAUGGUGAUGCUGACAGGUCAUCUGAUGUAUGGCCUCCCUAUGGAUGGUAGAAUCAGAUAUCCGAGAGCCUUGCCAGGAGAUACAUCUUUGUGUCCAGCAGGAUAUUACCUAUCAAAACACAGGUGUGUUCCAUGUUCCCCGGGAUUCUUCACCAGUCAGAAGAACAGAGAAAACAGCUGCCACCGCUGUUUACAGAGCUGCAAACCUCACUUCAAUAAGGAGGUGGUAAAGGAGUGCACAAACACAUCAGAUGUACAGUGUCGCUGCCGGGAUGGUUUCAUUUGUACAGGCCAAGAUAUAUUCACAGGCCACUGUCGCACUUGUGAGCCGAUCACAGCAUCCACCCCAGACCAGUCCUCCACCUCCGUUAAAUUCCCCUCUGUCACCAUUUCAACCACUCGCCCACAUGACCCAAAGAGACGGCUGGGAGUUUUGGUUUGGAUUUUAUUUGGACUUAUAUCAGUAAUGUUAUCCAUCGUUUUCCUUGCCAUCUUCCUCCGACUCUGCAGAAAGAAAGAGAAGGAAUGCUUUAAGCAAUUUGUCAGAAAAUGCUCAUUGGUUAAUCUAGAGAUGCAGAGUGAGACCACGCCUCCUCCAAACCAACCAAUUGAGCAGCCUCAUGCCCAUAACACAGAUGGCUCUUUUCAUCAACCAACCAGCUCUGAACAGGCUGUGCCUCGACCUGGCAAUUUAGGCCCUCUCCACAUCUACGGUCCCCAGACAGUUUUUGUUAGUUUGCUCAACCAGUUUGGAUGGGAUGGAGGAGAGAAAAAAACACAUGAACUCCAGAAAGAAACUAUAAAUCACCCUCAGUCUCCCCCAGCCCAUCUAUCUGAGGAGGAAGGAAGUAGAGAGAAUGAUUUCUUCAUCUUCCCUUCUCAAGAGCAAGGGAAAGAGUGCCAUAUUUCUAAAGAAGAGGUGCUGUGAGAGAUUAUGGAAGUUCCUUCUGAACUGGUGAACUACUGUGUGUGUGUUUUAUUUUUAACUGAUGCUUCAUGAGUAGCCAGUAUUAAAACUCUAACCCUGGCAGGGGAUUUAAUCUAGAGAGCAGGAGGCUGGAUUAGGUAACACAGACAGUAUGGAUGAGACUUGCAUUCAUGCAACUUUGAAAUAUCACCCAUAACUUCAUGCUUAACUGUUUCUAAAAGACCAGACUUGCAGGCUUGACCUUAUUGGAUGUUGUUGAUGAUAACAUGAAGAAUCAAGAUCAAAGCUUCCAGGUUGCUUCUGGUCUUUCACGUCAUGAUGACUUAAUAACCCACGGGCCCAAAUCUAUAUCUCAGCCAAAUAUAAAUAUUUGUUGAAGAGUUUGAAGGCAAAGAUCAGGCAUAAGACACUUGGAAGACCUAAGAGAUACUGUAUAUACUGUAACAUGUAUUAGCUAUUUAUGUUAAAUAAAGUCCAAUACAAUAGUGAUGUCAAUAACUGCACCCUGCUGAAAAGCUUAGGACAGCAUCUUGAGAUUUAACAUUUGCUGUUAUUAAAUAGUAUGUUUUUAUUUAUUCUAAGCCGUUAUUAAAAUUAUAAUAAUUUGUUAUCAUUGUACUGACAGUUUUUUGCUCUCACGCAGUUUCUCAGUCUUUUAUCACGUUAAGUCCCUGAUGGUUAAUGAUGUCAGGGUUCUUCCUCUUUUCUUUGUUAUUUCUGUGGUACACUUUUGAAAUAUGCCAUCAAAAAAACAUUUGAUGACAUUUUGAUGGUGGUCUGGAAAUGUCAACAUUGUUCCUUAUUGAGUUCAAUACACAAGCAACUCAAGCACAACUCAGGAACACACAAAGCUAUAUGUGUUAUCAUGUUAAUAUGUUUUAUAUUCACAGGAAUACAAAUUCUUACAGCUGGUAUUGAUUGUAAAGUGCAAUAGCAUCAAUAAAAGUUUAUU